AGGGCAUAGCUCGCACAAAUACGCAAACACAUUUCACAUAUACACAAGCGAAAAACGCCGAUUGGCAAACAGAUUGUGUUUACGAUGUUGUUGUUUGUGCCGUCAUUGUGUGACUGACGACGAUCAAAACUACUGUGUCUGUUCACUUGCUUUGAAUGCACAAAACUCCGAAGUGCCGCUAACUUUCUUCAUCUAAAUACAAUUUUUGUCAUUUCUUAUCGUUCACCACGAGCCAGUGAAACGUUUUUCAGCAUUUCGUAAAAUUUCUUAUUUGCACUUUGACAAAUAAUAUCCAAAAAAAUUAACCGGUGUUUUUUUUUCAUUGAAAUUUUGAAUGGGAAAAAAACUAGCAAAGUGUGUUCAACAUUAGCAUAGAAACUUUCAUCUCUGGCAUUUUUCAAGUCACCAUCGAAAAUGGUUGGAAAAAAGAAUUCAAAAGAAGAUGUCAACGACAGCUCUGAGGCUGAAUCAGUGAACUCAGGCAGCGGUAGCGGUAGCGAUGAUGAGGAGGAACAAGACUAUGUCGUUGAACGGGUCGUCGACAAAAAAGUCUCAAAAAAUGGCAAAGUACAAUAUCUGAUCAAAUGGGAAGGUUAUCGCGAAGCGGACAACACGUGGGAACCGCGCGAAAAUCUCAAUUGUGACGAAUUGAUCGAAGAAUUCGAGAGAAACCACCGUAAAAAGGAUUCCAAAGAGUCAAAAGACCGUCGCACCACCAAGGACCGGGAAAAGCCAAAAGAACGCGAAAGAGGCACCGACAAAAGUGAGCGCAGAAAGCGCGAUUCAGCCUCCGUGUCUGAAGAUAAUGAAGCAUCGGACAAAGAUAAGCGAAAAUCAUCGCAAAGUCGCAAGAACUCGCUGAUCGACGAUGAUACCACCUCAGACGAGGAAGAUAAAGAUAAAAAAGACCGUGAAGCCAAACAAAAGGAAAAAGAAGAGAAAGAGAAGCGUGAGGCCAAGCAGGAAGAGAAGGAAAAGCAUGAGGCUAAACAAAAGGAAAAGGAAUUGGAACAGCAAAAGCAAAAGGACAAUGAAACCACCGAAGAAGUGGAAAUAUCGAGUUCGUCGAGCGACGAAGAUGACGCCACAUUCAUGGAAACGGAUGAACUAACUCCGAAAUCCAGAUCGAAGCGUGCGUUGGACAAGCGAAAUGGUAAUCACGAAGGUACACCGCCGAAGCAAGCAAAACUAUCCAAUGGUCACGAAAAAUCGCCACCUGAUUCGGUACGACGUGAUAAAGUGCAUAAAAGCAGCGAAAAGAGUCGCGAAAAAAUCAAUGGCAAAACACGUGAACGAAAUAGCGAGAAAACUCGUGAAAAAAACACGAAGCAAAGCGAUGGCGAAAGUGCGGACAGCAGCGACGAACAGCCCAUGCCAAGUCAGGAGAUUGGUUUCGAUUACGGCGAUGAACCCGAACAAAUUUUAGGUGCAUCCGAUAAAGAAGGUCAAUUGGAAUUUUUGAUUAAAUGGAAGGGUUACGAUAAAGCCACUCUUGUUUUAGCCAAAGAUGCCAACACCAAGUGUCCACAAAUGGUCAUUGCAUUCUAUGAGUCACGCUUAUCGUGGAACAGUGACUACGAAUAA